CUCUGAUCUACUAAACAUAAGCUAAAUAUAUGGCAAUCUGUAGCCAGUACUUCUCUGACAGUCCAUUGAAUUUCAACAGAGUGCGAAAUAAAUUGAGAUCAUCAAUAAUGUCUGGACGAUUGCCGGCUACCUAUGUGAAGGGAUUCCACGACGAGACAAAGGUGCGUCGCAUGGAAUACCGCAAGCUUGGAAAGACAGGCCUGGAAGUCUCAAAAGUCUCUUUCGGAGGCGGUGCCCUCUGUGUCAACUACGGCUUUGAAUUGGAAGAGGGUAUUAAGACUGUAAACGAGGCUCUAAAAUCGGGCAUCAACUACAUCGACACCGCUCCCUGGUAUGGCCAGGGUCGCUCCGAGGAAGUACUAGGCCUGGCCCUCAAGGAUGUGCCCAGGGAAUCCUACUAUAUUGCCACCAAGGUUGCGCGCUAUGAGCUUAACUAUGAGAACAUGUUCGAUUUUAGCGCCAAAAAGACCCGCGAGAGCGUGGAGAAGAGUCUGAAGCUCUUAGGUCUAGACUAUGUGGAUGUUAUCCAGAUCCAUGACAUCGAGUUUGCCCCAAACUUGGACAUUGUCAUUAAUGAGACGUUACCCACGCUGGAGCAGCUGGUCAAGGAGGGCAAAGCGCGAUUCAUUGGUGUGUCUGCCUACCCGAUUUCGGUGCUCAAGGAGUGCCUGACCCGAGCGGCGGGCAGAUUCGAUACUGUUCUCACCUAUGCCCGAUACACGAUGAUUGAUAACACGCUCCUGGAGUACCUGGACUUCUUCAAGUCCCAGAAUGUGGGAGUCAUUUGUGCUGCCGCGCACGCGCUUGGACUUCUGACCAAUGGCGGACCCCAGCCAUGGCAUCCAGCCAGCGAGGAGCAGAAGGCCAUCGUCCGAAAAGCCUCCGAGGUGUGCCAGGAGCGAGGUGUGGAGCUGGGUAAGCUGGCCAUGUUCCACACGAUAAACGGAUUACCGGAGGUGAGCACCGUCCUCGUGGGCAUGCAGACGCGUCAACUGCUGCGGAUCAAUUUGGAGGCCGCCGAGGUGGGAUUAAGCGAUAAGGAGCAGGAAGUGCUGCAGUAUCUGGGAGAAAGUGUUUUGACUAAACCUUUCAAUUGGGAGGGUAACGAACUGGAGCGAUACUGGGCAGCCAUCAAGAAGAAUUAAUCAUCCUUAAAAGGCGGACCCUUUUAUGUUUAAUAAACUAAUAAACAAUACAGAUUUUCAUACUUUAA